UUAAAUUCAAUACGUUCGUUCAUUUCGCCGCGAGGGAGCGCGCCGGUCGCUCGCGUUUCGUGUCGCAAUUCCGCGGUGAUUCGACAAGAUGGCGGACGACAUGGAGAACCCGUGUAUGCUCGAAUUUAUACAAAAAUACAAGGAACUCGAGUGUUUGUGGAAGACCACACAUUGUGAUUAUGGAAACAGAUACAGAAGGCUUGAGGCUUUGAAGGAAUUGUUGCCAGUAAUGAAGAAACAGGAUCCAAAUGCAGAUUUAAAUGCACUGAAGAGGAAAAUUAACUGUAUGAGAAGUGUUUUUAAUAGGCAGCAUAGAAAGGUGAUGGAAUCGAGAAAAUAUUAUAUGGAUGAAUAUGAUAAGGAGGCUGAUCUAAACAAACUGCGAUACUAUAAAAAAAUGUUAUUUUUGGUGGACAGAAAUUCAACGACAAAAGAUACGGAUGAGUCCAGAUCCACUCGUCAGUUAUCUGGUUUUAGUGAGGACGAGACUGAGGAAACAAUAUAUUUAGAAGAAGAUAUUUCAAACGAAGAAACAGAUCAUUUGAACGAAUACAUGAAAGAAGAAGCAGAAACUCCAUUAUCUGGCACCAGUACUCCUACAAAACAACAUCGUGAAAAGAUUACAAUAUUGCCGCGUAUUAGGAAACGAAAACUGACUGAUUUAAAUAAAAAGAGAAAACAAAGCACCACAUCAAAUCGUCAAGCUGUAUACUUACUUGACGAGUCUGACCAGCCAUCUUCAUCAAACACACAACAGUUCAAUGCCUUUGGUCUGCAUGUGGCGGAAAGACUGCGAGGCUUGAGAAAAGAAAUGUCCGUAUACUGUCAGAAGAUCAUCAACGAUGCAAUUUUUCAUGCAGAAAUUGGGGAUUUGAAUCGAACGUCUCGUAUUGUAAACUAGGAAUAGUAAAUUUAGUUAGUGAUUCACA